CUCCCUCCGUUAGCUUGGUGGAUGCUCGUUCAUAUUUGUUCAGAGACUGCGGAGGGAUAUCGGUGUUGGUCGCACUUGCUCUCUUUCUCUCUUCCAUCCAGACACCAACUGUAGUCUCUUGGCUUGGGCGCAUUGAUCGGGUCUGCUUGCUGGGGGUGUGCUGAGGCUCAGGCUGUCACUCAUACAGUGAUCAGUGCUGCACACAGCUUACAGAGCAGCUGGCAACCCACUUUAAAAAAAUAAUUCCUUGCAAAAUCCAGGCUGCGCCUCCGAGAACCUAAAGCUGCAUCGUUGGUUCAGUACAGCAUUUACAGCAAGGAGAGGAUUUAAAAAGAAGGAAAAAAAAAAACAAAGGCUCAUGGUCAUCUUUGGAGCCUCUGUUACACACAGGAGCAGCAGCAGGAAUUCCAUCGCCUGUAGAAUUACAAUGCUGCACAUUAAGGAUCUCAUCUGGACUUUAUAUUUCAUAGGAACUGCAGUGGCUUUGGAAGUGAACAUUGUUCCAGAUCAAGGAGAAAUAAGCCUUGGGGAGUCCAAAUUCUUCCUGUGUCAAGUAAGCGGAGAAGCCACAGACAUUUCUUGGUAUUCCCCAACUGGUGAGAAGCUUGUCACCCAGCAGCAAAUCUCUGUAGUGAGAAGUGAUGACUACACUUCCACACUCACCAUCUACAAUGCCAGCAGCCAAGAUGCUGGCAUCUAUAAAUGUGUAGCUUCCAACGAGGCAGAGGGAGAAUCUGAAGGCACUGUCAAUCUUAAGAUUUAUCAGAAAUUGACCUUUAAAAAUGCACCCACCCCUCAGGAGUUUAAAGAGGGAGAAGAUGCAGUCAUUAUUUGUGAUGUCUCAAGCUCCAUUCCUUCAAUUAUCACUUGGCGACAUAAAGGCAAAGAUGUUAUUUUCAAAAAAGAUGUACGGUUUGUUGUCUUGGCCAACAAUUACCUCCAAAUCAGGGGAAUUAAGAAAACAGAUGAAGGAACCUAUCGUUGCGAAGGGCGAAUACUGGCACGUGGAGAGAUCAACUAUAAGGACAUCCAGGUUAUAGUAAAUGUUCCUCCAACAAUUCAGGCUCGGCAGUUAAGAGUUAAUGCUACUGCAAACAUGGCUGAAUCUGUUGUCUUGAGCUGUGAUGCAGAUGGAUUCCCAGAUCCUGAAAUCAGCUGGCUAAAAAAAGGUGAACCAAUUGAGGAUGGAGAAGAAAAAAUUAGUUUUAAUGAAGAUCAAUCAGAAAUGACAAUCCAUCAUGUGGAAAAGGACGAUGAAGCAGAAUAUUCCUGUAUUGCCAACAACCAGGCUGGCGAGGCCGAAGCCACCAUUCUUCUAAAAGUUUACGCUAAACCAAAAAUCACCUAUGUGGAGAAUAAAACUGCAGUGGAAUUAGACGAGAUCACUCUGACAUGUGAGGCAUCUGGGGAUCCCAUUCCUAGUAUCACCUGGAGAACAGCCGUUCGCAAUAUCAGCAGUGAGGCAACGGCUUCGUGGACACGGCCACUGAAACAUGAGACAUUGGAUGGACAUAUAGUGGUCAAAGAGCACAUCCGGAUGUCAGCUCUUACUCUGAAGGACAUCCAGUAUACUGAUGCUGGAGAAUACUUCUGCAUUGCUAGCAACCCAAUUGGUGUAGACAUGCAAGCCAUGUACUUUGAGGUUCAAUAUGCCCCAAAGAUCCGAGGACCAGUGGUGGUUUAUACUUGGGAAGGCAAUCCUGUUAACAUCACUUGUGAAGUUUUUGCCCAUCCUAGAGCUGCCGUUACCUGGUUUAGAGAUGGACAACUUCUGCCAAGCUCAAACUACAGUAACAUUAAAAUAUACAGUGGUCCAACUUCAAGCAGUCUUGAGGUAAACCCUGAUUCAGAAAAUGACUUUGGGAACUACAACUGUACAGCUAUUAACACCAUUGGACAUGAGUUUUCUGAGUUCAUACUUGUCCAAGCAGACACCCCAUCCUCUCCUGCCAUUCGUAAAGUAGAACCAUAUUCUAGCACCGUUAUGAUUGUUUUUGAUGAGCCAGAUUCCACUGGUGGUGUGCCUAUUUUGAAAUACAAAGCAGAAUGGAGAGUUAUAGGACACGAAAAGUGGCAUACCAAAUAUUAUGAUGCCAAAGAGGUGAAUGCAGAGAGCAUCAUUACAGUCAUGGGUCUUAAGCCAGAAACUUCAUACACGGUGAAGCUCUCAGCAAUGAAUGGCAAAGGACUGGGAGACAGCACACCUUCACAGGAAUUCACUACUCAGCCUGUCCAUAUUUCAAAGCCACAAGGGGAACCUAGUGCUCCAAAAUUGGUAGGGCAUUUGAGUGAAGAUGGAAACUCAAUAAAAGUGGACAUACUCAAGCAGGAUGAUGGUGGCUCUCCCAUCAGACACUACUUGGUCAACUACAGAGCAUUAAAUGCUUUGGAAUGGAAACCAGAAAUGCGGGUACCUUCUAAUAGUCACCAUGUGAUGCUCAAGGCUCUGGAAUGGAAUGUAGAUUAUGAAGUUAUAGUGGUUGCCGAAAAUCAGCAGGGAAAAUCAAAGCCAGCUCUUUUAUCCUUCAGAACCACAGCCAAGCCCACAGCCACUACAGCCACCGCAAGUGCCGGCACUGGUUUGGGAACAGGAGCAAUCGUUGGCAUACUUAUUGUCAUCUUUGUUCUUCUACUGGUGGUUGUGGAUGUGACCUGCUUUUUCCUGAACAAAUGUGGCCUGCUUAUGUGUAUCGCCGUUAACUUCUGCGGGAAAGCCGGACCUGGUGCCAAAGGCAAAGACAUUGAGGAGGGGAAAGCAGCUUUUUCAAAAGAUGAGUCUAAAGAGCCUAUUGUAGAGGUACGAACAGAAGAAGAGAGAACGCCAAACCAUGAUGGAAGCAACCAGAUAGAGCCCAAUGAGACUACUCCAUUGACAGAACCUGAGCACCCAGCUGCUGUUGAGGACAUGCUACCUUCUGUCACCACCGUCACAACUAACUCUGAUACUAUUACAGAAACUUUUGCUACAGCCCAAAAUAGCCCCACCAGUGAAACCACCACUUUAACUUCUAGCACUGCCCCUCCGCCAACUACUGCUCCUGAUUCUAACACAAUACAGUCUAAACAGGCUACUCCUUCCAAAGCAGAGGCGCCUACUACUUCUUCACCUCCGCCAACUUCUUCCCCAAAAGUUGCCCCUCUUGUGGAUCUUAGUGACACGCCUACUAACAAUCCAUCUAAAGUUGUAGCUAACCAAGCAGGACCACUGAAUCCCAGUGCUGCCACUAGUGCAGCUGAACCUCCCACAGUCAUCAUUAAACCUGUCACCACAGUUCCUCCAAAUGCUGCUAGCCCCCCACCUACUCCUGAGCCAAAGCAGGUAAAGCAGGAACAAUCAGGUACCAAAAGCCCAGAAAAGGAAGCAGCACAGCCCAGUACUGUGAAAAGUCCAACAGAGGCCACCAAGGAUGAGUCUGCUUCCCUCAGCAACACAAAACCCCUCCAGGACGAGGACUUUCAAAUUGAUGGGGGGACCUUCAAGACUCCAGAAAUUGACCUUGCAAAAGAUGUUUUUGCAGCUCUUGGAACUGCUACUCCUACCGCUGUGGCUAGUGGGAAAGCUUCUGAGCUGGUUUCUUCCACUGCAGACACCUCUGUACCGCUUGAUUCCGCAAAGACCGAGAAGACCCAAGUAGAAGAAAAGUCAAAGCCAGAGGAAAUAGAUGUCAAGAGCACCCCAGCAGAAGUCAAAACAGUCCCCAAUGAAGCCACUCAAACAAAUGCGAAUGAGAGCAAAGCAUGAUUUGUCCUUAGAUUUAGGGGGUGGGCGUUAUUGGGGAAUGGUCAGUGGCUACUAAAAAAAUAUGUCUGAAGAGCCUCAUGCUAGCCAUUUAAAGAAUGAGGUACACACACUUCAUCAUUCCUUUCAAUCUUGGCCUUUGUUGUUAUUUUAUUUUUCUAUGAAAUCCAUUUUGUUUUUGUGAGAUUGUAGAAAGGGUUCAUCUAUUGUGCUAAUGCAUUUUUUAAAAAACAAAAGGGGGAAAUUAGAUCAAUAAAGCCCCACGCAGCGCCCAUCAGAACGGCAACUAUGCACCACUGUGUUCUUUAGCGAAUAUUUACCAUCAAGAAGCCAGGUCGAAAAACAUUGCGCUGAACCUGUUUUACAACGUAUUCAUACCCUACAUACACACAGGAAGAGUUUGUAUUUAAAACAUCAUCUUCAAGUGCAUCCACUUAGUAGGUAAAUAAAAAUGAAGAGAAAAAAAUAAGUUAUUCGUUGUUGUAUUUGUCCUGAAAGUUUGGGUGAUGGGAUAUACGACUGGCCUGCAAUUUCUUGUCUCUAGACACAUUUCUCUAGCUGGCUCCAUGUCUAGUAGAGAAGUGUUUUAAAGAAUGAUAAAAUGAUGGACUUUACCAUUUGAAAUGACUUGUCCUCAAUUAUUUGCUUUUUACUGUGGUAUGGAGCACUGAUGUGUAAGGAAGGAAGAAAUCUUCCCACAAAAUGCAUGUGUGCACUAAGAUUUUCAAACUGGGAAUUGCUAAGCAAUGUGUUGCACAGAGUUGAUGCUAAACCUUUAACAUAAAUGUGUGGACAGAUAAAAGACUAAGUAUGCUUUUAAAUAACAGCAAUGAGGCAGAUUUCAGUGCAGAACUAUAGAAGCAGCCACUUUGAAUUCUGUUGUCCAGAUUUGUGUGUUUGUUUUGGUACCUGAAUCAUUCCAGUUCACAAUAUUAUGAUUUACAAUUGCACUAUUAAUUCAUCUCAGAACUUGCGGAACUCCCAUGUCAGUCAUUUGUGUGUUCUACCAUUUGCUCCAUUGUGCUUCAUUGCACCUGACCUCCUCCUGUGUUUUUUUUUUUCCUUUCUUUUUUUAUACAGUAAUAUAAAUUUUUAUACAGUAAUAUAAACUUAGAAUUCAUAGUAUGAACUAUCACACAGCAUCACUGUAUAAUUAGCUCUAUAUUUUUUGUUAAAAAGUGUAAAGGAAAAAAGAUAGAGUUUCAUACCUGUAAGGCUAAUGACAACAUUUACAGGCUGACAUCUGCCUCCCAUUAGCAGUGCCAUUCAUAUUAAAUGUAGGCAGCCCAGGUCGUUUUUCUCUGCUGGGGAGAAAACCAUUGGUGUGCUGUGUGCCUAAGGACAUCAAACUCAGAUACUUCCAUGAGAUAAAAGAGCUUAAAGAACGGCAAUACUAAUUUGAAUGAUGUUCAUGGCCACAAGACUGGGAUUGUAAAUGAAGAAGUACAUAGUUAUGUAGCAGGAGUGGGGAAUUGUUUACCAGCUAGUAUGGAUGUCAGAGAAGAUGGACCAAACUCUAGAUGCAUUGUCUUUAUUAGAGUGUUUAUCAUUUCAAAACUGGUGUAGAGUAACUUGAAACAUGUUGACUUGCUCCCAACGAAUUUCUGUAAAUUCAGUGAAAGUUCAACAUCAUCUUAAUUCACCUUGGAGUAAAAGACCAUAUUUGCCAAAUUCUCUAGAACCGUUGGAAAUGAUACCUUGUGUGUUUCAUAGAAGCUGCCAUAACAGUUUAUAUUUCAUAGAACUACAUUUAAGUGGCUCUCUAUAGGAAAGAUACUCGGCAUUAGGUUGGUGUAGUGAUUGUGUAUGUACUCAAUGCCUUCACGUUUAAGAAUAAAAUGGCACUUUGUUUUCCUACCUCCAAUUUAUCAUGUCCACAGCAGAAAACUAAAGUUAUUUUUUAGUUGUAACAUGUAACAAGCACCCUUCUGUACCCUUUCUUUAAUUUACUGGAAACCAAUUUGGUUUACAAGUAACAUACAAGUAUCACAGUUAAGGCAAUAUGACAUCUCUUCCUUUUCUGGAGUGAAUAAGUCAGUUCAUGACAGCCAAUCCUCCCUCCUGUUUUACACUAUCACUUGUUUGGCUCUUACACCAUUUAUUAACACAUACUGCAACUAUACACAGUAAAUGUCUCAGGCAAACCUGUCCUACCCACAAUCAACAAGAGAAUAACCAUAUGGGUCUGUGCAUUUUAGAUUGCCAAACUAUAUUGUAUAUUGCAGCUUUUUAUUUGUUUUCAUAUUACUGACGUGCUUUUUAUUACUUUUUUUAUUACUCUGUUUUUGGUCGUUUUUUUUUUCUUUAUUAAUUUUGCUUGUUUAUUUUUGUCUUGUUUUUCAUGAGGGCUUGUGUAACUUUUUCGUCUUAUAUUUACUAGACUUGGUGGUAUAUAUAUAUAUGUGUAAAAAAAAUGUAUGUGAUUAUCAUCAGCAUGCAUGAUUUGCUGUGAGAUGUUUUGAGGGGAAAGUGGAAGGUUACAAUUGUUUGUUCCUGAUUACAAUUCUAUGAUACUGUCAAAUUACAGACAUGUAGCUUAUACAGUCGAACAAUCUCUGCAUUUAAACUGAAUUCGGGUAUCUAAUCAGGGAAUCAACAGUUUGAGGCUGAACUAAACCUCCCAGAAUUCUUUGCCUAUUCCUGGUCUACUAUCUCAUUUAUUGUACAUUUUGAUGGAGAAUGGUCUGCUAUUUAGCAAAUUUUGGGUUGCUCCAUGCUAAAUCAUUUGCACCUGUUCGAAUAGAGCUCACGCUGGGCUGUUAGGCAAAAAUAAUGCAGAUGUGAGUUUAUUUUUCGUGCUUUGUUAUUUGAUUAGAUGCUGAAGUGGUUGUUAUACCUCUCCAUCUUGUAAGACGAGAAUUAAUAAAGCAAGCUUUGGAA